CUCACAACGGCCAUUUGGUGCUUGCAAAGGGAUUCUUCUGGUCCUCUAUGUUCUCUCAUAUCGUCACCGCAGCAAAAGGUCUAUUUGCUGGACAAAACUCCGACCCUGACCUGCCCACCAGCGACUCCAGAGAACUCCCCGCGAGCAAAUCCAACAAAUCCAAGAUGGUGACCGCUACGCGACGACGGUCAUUCCCACCUGCGGAUGAGCAGGAAUCGGCAGUCAGUGGGGUGCAGGAUACGAAUUCGAAACGCAAGUCUGGUGCGACAAAAUCCGACAAACCUGAAACGCAGCGCAGUAAACGACGGAAGAGGACCAGUCUCGAGGCGGCCCAAGAUAGCGAGAACGGCACGUCCAACGAAAAGCCCGAAGUCGCGGAGGAGCCCUCAGCACAGCCAGAGCAGAACCAGCCUACGAAACAUUUCCGAUUCGGUAGCGAAGAGCCCGAGUUGCCGUUGGAUACGACAGCGGAGGAGCCCGCAGGGGAUGAACAAGAAAAUGACAGCAGCGACGAUGACGACGAUGCCCCAGAGCAAGUCAACAAUUCCGCGCAAGUGCUCCAAGCUAAGACGGAAGCCAAAAAAUUGGAACGAGCCCGGCAAAUAGAGGAGCAGUUGAAAAGAGAAAAGAGAAAGCAGCUGGACGCUUUGCGCAAGCAACAAGCGAAGAGCUCGACCAAGAAAAGAGAGAGACCGGAUGACAUGUUAUCUGAGAGCACGGAGACCCUUCAAGGCUCGAACACACAGGAUGCUAGGCGCUCUGCCCUGCCGGCCCUUCUUCCAGACGAUAUCCUGAAUGCAGAACCCGUUGCGAGACCGCCUACACCGCCAGCCGAAGGCAUGGGCAUUGUUCACAGAAAGCCUAACAAACUUCGAUUCCUCGAGAAAUCGGAGAAAGCGCCCAAGGACGUGGAUAUGGGCGAUGUCACCAUCCGAGUUCUCGAUGGAGACUCGUCACGAAAGAAAGCCAAGACGACGACAUUACCGCCGAAGACCGCGAAACCGGCGCGGAAUGCCAAGCAGAAUUGGUUGAAUCGGGGACGCAGCACGGGGCAGGUCAAUGGUUUGAGAAGGACCACUGGUGGUACCGGGGGGUUUGUGCGCAAAUAGAAGUACAAUUGAGGCAUGCGCGUAAUGAGCAACAGUCUGUAUAUGAAACUGAUAGGAUGCUAUGCAUAUCCAGUC